UAAGCACGAUAUUUGUUUCUCUUAUUUCAAAGCGGCGCUCAUUUGCAAUGGUGUUGCUGCACUUACACUUUAAUACACAUCUAGUUUAAUUCUUUAGAUGCAUACUCCAUAUGAAAUACUAUCAGUUUACAGCACUGCUCACUGCAGCCAAUAUCGAUACCUCCGCAAUUAUCGGGGGCAGUCCAGAAUAUUUUUUUUUGUAAGAAAUGGCGCAAAAUGUUACAAAUGUUGAAUUAAAAUUGAAUAUAGAGGUUUUAACUCCUGGAAAUAUUGCUGAAUGUGUGAACUCUAUUCUUGAGUUUCUGCUAUACCAACGUCGACAGAUUCCGUUCGUUUACAGAACGUAUAAAUUCAUAAUAGACCGAUGGGCUCAGCAGGAAUGUGACGCAAAGCCAGGGCUGGAAUCCUUUUCGGAUUACCAACUACAUCAGCAACGAAGCAAGGCCACGGAGACUAAAAAUGCGAUCAGUGAUAUGCGCGAGUUCAUUCGAGAUGUAUUUAAAAGCUAUGCCGUCCGAAGUUUGCGUUUUCUUUUCGGGUCAAAUGCGUUUAUGCCCAAGGAGGCUUAUACAAUACACAUACCAACGACGAUGACCCGAAAACAUAAUUGUGAGCAUCAUGCAACCUCAAACAGUAUGAGCCAAACGCUGCUCUCUCUGCUUACCUGCGAAGAUCUCUACACGAUAUUUUCAACAGAAAUGAAUGCCACCAAUCUUUUCCUAGAGCUGGAAAUUUUUUCGCAGGAGCAGGAUCAUGGGUCGAGUAUAGAGACAAUAAAGCUGUUUCCCAAGGAUGUUAUGAGUCAAUUACCACGCAGUUGCAAACACAUACACUUACACUUGUUGCAUGACUCCAAUAUUGACGCUUCCGCUAUGCAAUGCUGCAAGGAGCUGAGAAUCUUUGAAGAUCUGGAAAUAUUGGGUCUAGGUGAUGAAACAGAAAAUACUGUUGUUGGUAGCGAAUGCAAUAAAAAGACUGAACAGGACUCCGGCUGGUGGCAAGCAGAUGUUACUGUGCGUGGAUUCCGGACAUCGUUGCAGGACUUAUGGUCCAGCUAAUAUUAGGCCAAUUAGUUCAUAGUCCACACGCUGCCAUCUUUAUUCGCUUAAUUUAGCGUAAACGUUUGAAAAUAAA